UGGCAACUAUUAAGCAUCCAAUCCCUGUUUACAGUAGGAAUUAUAUCCCAUUGCUGCGCUCCAUCAACUCAACUAGUAUCCUCGACUCUUCAUUCCCUACCUUCUCAGGUCGACCCCCAUUUAGAUCUUCUAUAUUUCUCGGCAGGUAUAAAUUCCACCUCAGGCUGUAUCUCUGUUCAUCUAGUUCUUUUCCCCGCUCCCCAGCAUGCUCUUAGAAGAGCAGAGAUUUCUGCACGAGGACCUCGAGCGCCUCGAGCAGGGCAUCGCAGACCGUAUUGGUGAUGAGCCUAAGCACAUACGCGACCGCCUAGCGCGAGACCACCAAAUAGCCCAAUUUCUCGAUCGCAUAUCUUCGCAGUCCUCCAAACUCCUAACCAUCUAUCGCGAUGUCGACGGGUCGAGGUCGCGUGAGAUCCAGCGAAUCGGUGCCGGCGAUCCCAUGGACGAAUUCUACAAGCAGCUCGCCGACAUCAAAAGCUUCCACGCGAAAUAUCCCAACGAGCCGGUUGAGAAUCUAGAACGCGCCUAUCGACCAAAGAGGGGGCCCGACGCCGAAUCCCAACCGAGCAUCGUGGAUGCCAUGUUCACCGGCGAGGAAUCGUAUGGCCGCUUCUUCGAUCUCCACACCUGCCACGAGCUCUACCUCAACCUCACCAACGCCAAGAGGCUGAGUUAUCUUCAGUACCUGGACCUGUUCGACAACUUCACCCUCGGUGCCGGCGGAUUGAAGAGAUCCGAAAAGAUGACAGACCAAUAUUUCAACUACGUUGGCCAGCUGGCUCUCGAUCUGGAGACCUUCAUGCGGAAGACGAGGCCAUUGGAGAACGUUGACAGGGUGAUCGCCGACUUCGACAACGAGUUCAGUACCUUGUGGGAAAAGGAUGAGAUCACGGAAUGGCAGAGCGAGGAGCCCAACUCGAAAGCCAACGGCGCCACCAAACAGUCGUUGGCGGCUGACGCGGUAUGGUGCGACGACUGCGAGAAGGAGUUCAAGAAUGAGAAUGUAUACAAGGGUCAUCUAUCGGGCAAGAAGCACAUCAGGGCAGCGGCGGAACGAGCUCAGAGGUUACAAGGCGGGCCCGAGGGGCCGGAUAGUAUGUCCGACGGCGUUAGCGGGGGCGGGUCCUCCCCGUUCCGUUUGAAAGAGCGCGCCAUCGCGGAGAGGGAAUUCCGAGUGAAGCGGCUAGCGAGCGCGAUGAGCACCGAGCGAGGCGAUACGCGGGUCAACGUGGAGCGAAAGCAAGGUAUGACGGAGCGCGAGAGGCAACAGGAGCUAGACAACCUGUUCAGCGUUGCCGCGGUUACGUCUCAGGCUAGGGAUCCCGAGGACGGCGAGGAGAACGACGACGAAGAUAGAAUCUAUAACCCGUUAAAGCUGCCCCUCGCUUGGGAUGGCAAGCCCAUCCCAUUCUGGCUGUACAAGCUUCACGGGCUGGGCGUCGAAUUUCCCUGCGGGAUCUGCGGAAACUUCGUGUACAUGGGACGUCGGGCCUUCGACAAGCACUUCAACGAGGCGAGGCACAUUUACGGCCUCAAGUGCUUAGGAAUUACCAACACGAGCCUCUUCCGGGACAUCACGGGAAUCGACGAGGCGCUGCGGUUAUGGGAAAAGAUGCAGAAGGAUAAGCGCAAGGACAAGGUGGACGAGGGAAGCGUGGUGCAGAUGGAGGACGCGGAAGGCAACGUGAUGCCGGAGAAGGUGUACUACGAUCUGCAGAAGCAAGGUCUGUUGUAGGGAUGCCUCUGUUGAACUAUUGGGGGUAAUCAGCCAUAGAGAGAGCUCACCACUAGUGCUGGCGUGAGGGAGCAUAGAAUCUGUCUGGGGGAUUCGUCUUUAUUCAUUAUGUGGUCUAGCUGGUUAUUUGCCGUAUAUGCAUAUCAUACCCACACC